UGAAUGCGCAAUUAUGCGGGCAAUAGGCCUAAAGGUUGACCGCUCCUAUACGAUACUUUUUUUAUGUUAAACCGAAGUCAACAUCCCGACUUCGGUACUUCAGAACAUCUGUGUAUUCCGAGUCUGGAUUAAAAAUGGCCCCGCGUUCCAGUGCGCCGGCCGUAAUAAGGACGGCAGCCGUAAUAAUGGUAAUAGUUUGUCUGAUAAACCAUGCCACUGUGGAUGCAGCUUUCAGGGAUGCCAUCGCUUUCCGCAUGGUGCGACAAGCUGAUGGUUUAAAUAUGACUGCUGGAUCCCUGGAUGUCAACCCAAAUGACUUUCUGCCUGUAAAAAAGGGUCAGCAUAGAUCUGGAGGAAUAAGUCCGCCGGAAGGCGGGGCCAGUCCACCCGAACCACCUAGUGGGGAAGCGGCUUCCGCUGGUGCCUCCGCUGCGCAGCUCCAGCAGCUACUUAGCCUGUUGGUGCCAUUGUUAAGCGCCGGAAAUGCUCCUGCGGGCGGAGGGGGCGCAGAUCCACCCAUGGAAAUGGGCUGAUCGAACCCAGGGAGACUGUGGAUUUUAGCUUCACCAUACGAAUUACUGAUAAAUUGCUUAUACGAUUUACAUACGGUGUGACGAGGAAAGCGGUGACCGCAAUACACGGAUAAUUAGUACUAGUAUAUCUAUAAUGAUCUGUGUGAUAUGCAUACUGACAUAUAAAUUCAAUGGUGGAUUCCUGUCGUUAACAACUGCUUUAUUGUUUGUAAUGGAGCUGGCUUGGUUUAUGCUUAUUUAAGGUAUACUUCUAUUUAUUCUUUAUUGCAAGUUGUGAUUGUUAUUGUAGUAAAGGGGCUUUAUACGGAACGUUAUGCCUUAUGCCAUAAAGAGGUAUUUGCUA